AAUGGCUCCUGGCCAUGCCGAAACCUCCACGUCAGAUAUUGUAUGCGUGUCCGAGGCCAGACUGUUCUCAAUAUAACUGCCAGUCACGCAUCACUCUCGCUAAGUUGUGAGAGACAGCAGUGAUCAACCUGCCGACCUACACAGGAUGCGUGUGCUGACCGCUGUUAGACUGCUGUGUCUGCUGCUCCUCCUCUACCACACAGUCUCCAUCCACAUCUCCUGGCUGGCUGCACUCUACGGAUCUCUUCUCUUAGUGAGCCUGUAUAUCUUGAGGGAACCAGCCAAACGGGUAGAACUUCACACCACCGAAAAUCCGCUGAGAGGGAAACCCCUGGGAGUAUCCAUGGAUGACAUUUCAAACGAGUUAAGGAGUAACAUUGACAAGCAGAUUUCAGCCUUGGUCACUUAUGAUCCUGUCCACUGUCAGGCGAUUGAAGAGUUUGAAGCCAUCAAAUCUCAGACAGAGUGUAUAUUUGCAAAAAGAGCCAGAGUGUGGGGCAGCUGUGAUUGGGAUGAUCAGCUCACUCUAGAGGGAAAUAUAUACAAGUGUGUUCCAACUCUGCUGAAGUUUGUUCACCUGUGCCCAGUGUUAGGGCUAGAUGCAUUUGUAAUUAUGUUAUCUGGUCAUGAGUAUGGCAGGGAUUUACAGGUGUUCGGUCGGGCCGUACGUCGUGUGUUGACCAUGGUGUCCAGCCUCGACCCUGCUGGUGUCUGCUGCAUGGAGGACACCAACAUCUGCCGCAGAGGAUGGGUGUUCCAGUUUAACAAAUGUACCAUGUUCGUCACAACCUUUGCUCCAUUUUACACCAGCAACCAUUCAAGAUUUGCAUUCGGCAGCAAAAACUGUUUCAUACUGCUCCAACCUGAAGUGUCUUUCGCGCAGCAUGAUCUCUGUCCUGACACGCCAGUCACAAACUGGGACAAACCUCAAACAGUGCGGGAUCAGAUUCGCGUUGGAUUCCGAGAUGCCGGUCGGCCGUAUAAGAUCAGAGACACAACUCAUUACCCAAUGGCUGAGGACAUUGUUAAACCAGAUCAGCCCGGGGCUGAAAACUUUGAAUGGUGGAGAUGAUACCCAGUGUGAUUGUUGG